UUUAAGCGACAUGGCGGAGUACAUGUUUUUGUAUUGGAUUUUCUUAACACCAAGUUUUAUUUAUAUUUUAGUUUACUAAGAAAUUUACUAGAAAAUGGCCGUUUGUACUCUGUACAACGCUGCCAUCCGUUUCGGAAGACCAAAAUUUUCUAUGCUAAAAGGUGUGACAUCAGAAAGACUAAGAGUAAAACUUGUUUUGCCUUCAUCUUCAUCAUUAAUAGAGAAAAAAAGAGUUUAUCACACAUCUGUAAAGAAUUUGUCUCAAAAAUUUGCUUUGCCAAAUGAUCCAAGUCAUGGUUCAAAACAUUGGAUGACAGAAAGGGUUGUUGCAGUUGGAUUAUUAGGGUUAAUUCCAAUGGGUAUUAUAUAUCCAUUGCCAACAAUCGAUCACUUACUUGCUGUGGCACUUCCGCUUCAUUCCUACUGGGGAGUGAAAGCAAUUCUGGUUGAUUAUUUUUGGAGACCUGGCUUACCUGUAGCGAAAGCCACUUGGAUGCUGGCUUGUUUUUUCACUUGUGGAGGUCUUAUAUACUUAAAUGUCUAUGAUGUUGGAAUUUGCAAGUUUUUUGCUUUGCUAAUGUCUCUAUAAAAAUGAUUUUUUUACAAGAAUUCUUUUUAAAUGA